AAAGAAGUACACAUCAUGGAACGUUGGCAAAAUCGUGUAGCUGUCGUGACUGGUGGCAGUUCCGGCAUUGGUGAGGCCAUUGUAGAUGAAUUGCUUCAGGCAGGACUGGUGGUUGUGGCGCUGGCUCGUCGUGUAGAGCGUCUGGAGAGCCAUAAGCGGUCGUUGCCCGAGGAGCAACAGAAACGUCUGCACACGAUUGGCACAGACGUUUCCUCCAAAAAAUCAGUGGACGAUGCUUUUGACUGGGUCGAGGAGAAGCUAGGUGGCAUUGAUAUACUCGUCAAUAAUGCGGGAACUAUGACCCUAGGGAACUUGGUUAGCAUGGACAUAGAGAAGGUACAAAGCACGGUGCAAGUAAAUAUAAUGGGCGUGGUCUACGCCACACAGCGGGCUUUCAAGUCGAUGAAGGAACGAAGCUUUGAUGGACAUGUGGUGACCAUAAAUAGCGUUUUGGGCCAUCAUAUAGAUAAUUUGCCAGGUGUUGCACCCCAAUUUAAUAUAUAUCCGCCCACAAAGUACGCAGUUACGGCCAUGUCAGAGAUCUUUCGACAGGAAUUUGAGGGCCUAAACACGGGCAUAAAAAUGACAAGCGUCAGCCCCGGUCUGACAGAUACCGAAAUUGUUCCGGAUGUGUUUAAGAAACGUGUGAAGAACAUUUUGAAGCCUAAAGAUGUGGCUGAUGUGGUGUUAUUUGUAAUCUCCACGCCCCCCCAUGUGCUUAUUCCAGAGGUCAAGGUUCAGCCCGUACGGCCUCUUUAGCUCUAAGACUAAGGUGUCUCCAUUAAACAAGCUUUAAACGAUUACUUUUAUAUAUCUCAUAUUAGACAUGAGGAAUCAGUGAAAACUCCAUAAUAUAUCUAUGUAUAUACAA